AUGUGUGGCUGCACUGCAAGCACUCAGAACUCAAAACUAUAUUCCGUAAAUCAACCUGGUGCUGCUUCGACCCAAAACACAACUUCCGCUGCCGCAAACAUGCCCAAACGCACACCUAUAUCCAAGCAGCUGGCUUCUGUGAAAGCUCUAGGGAAAGGCUCAGACCUGGAGAAAGCAUUUGCUACUGCGGCCUUGGUUUACAACAACUCUGCUGACCCCGAGGGCAAACUCAGCAAAGCUGAAACCAAAACCCUGCUGCAAACCCAGUUUAUGAAUUUCAUACAGGGCCAAGAAAGCAAACCAAAAUACCAGGAAAUCAUUUCUGCCCUUGACGAGGAUAAAGAUGAUAAAAUUGAUUUUGAAGAUUUCAUGAUCUUGCUCCUCAGCCUCGCUCUGAUGUCAGACCUCCUGCAGGAGAUCAGAAAUGUCAGAACCAUGAAAUGA